ACACUCAGACCUUCACCAAACUCCCGUGUGUUUGUCUGUUUGUCAUUUGCUGAAUCCUUGUCCACUCUUUUGGGGACCCUGCUCCCGUUGGACUGAACUGCUCCGGUCUGUGCUGGUUGGUUGCAGGUGGCACCCAAACAGGGACCCUUGAAGGGUCAACCACUCUAUGUACUGCUGUCUUUCUUCUUGCUGAGUCUGGGCACAGCUAUGGCUCGUGCCUUCACCAUGUUCUACCUUGGAUUGAGUCUGACCCUCAUAGUCAUCAAGAAUGCGACUCUUCCCCAGCUGUCCAUCCGGGCAGUACCGGUUCCUGUGGUUGCACAGGGAAGUUCCCUCUCCAUCUUCUGUAGAGGAUCUUCAGGGACAAGUCAGUAUCUCCUGGAGCAAGCAGGCAGCUCUCUGGUGUGGCAGAAUAAAACCCCACAGGACUUCCAGGAUGAGGCUGAGUUCUUCUUCCAAAAUGUAAACUCUAGCCAUGCAGGAUCUUACAUCUGUUGGUAAGAGAAGCAUUCUAACUGGUCGGAGAGGAGCAACCCCCUGUAGCUGAGAGUCACAGGUGAAGUGCUCACAACCUUGCUCUUGUCUCUGGGUCCCUGCUCCAAUCCAUAUCACCACUCUGUCGCCUUCUAUCACUAAUUCCCUUCCUCUUCACCAUUAAGACAGGGUCUCGUGUAGUCCAGGCUGAGCUUGAACUUCCUAUGUAACUGAGGCUUGACCUUGAACUUCUGAUGCUGUUGCUUCCACCUCCUGAGUGCUGCAAUUACAGGCAUGGCCCCCCUCCAUGCCCAGUUAAUGCAGUGCUGAGGGUGGGACCCUGGGUUUUGUGCAGGCUACGCAAGCCCACUGCCAACUGAGCCACAUUCCCACCCCUUGCCCGUGCACUUUUAUUGCUGCCGCCUGUGGCAUCUCCCUGGACGCCAGGGCAUGAAAUAUCUGGGGAACUGUGUGUACUUCCCAUGGGUCUUCUCAGUCAUCUGAGUGAUCAGCUCCCUGGAAAAAAGGACUAGAAUCUGGGUCUUGAACAGGUGAAGACAAGCAAGGGAGUUUCCUGAACCACUGUAGUCCUUCUGGAGAGUGACUCCUGGACCAGACCACCA